AAACAUAGAACACAGAGAGAGUUUGGUCAAUUCGAAGAACCAGAGUCAAAAAGAACUCGUUGUCGUUCUUCUUCUACGUUCGAGGGUAGCAAGUCUUUUAUAACUUUCUCCGGAGAAUCCCAGGUGCAAAGAAGAAGCUUCACUUACUUCUUACUAGACGAUUUUUUCAACGGGAGAAGAAGAAGCUUGGUGUUAGGAUUUGUUUGACUCUCUUUUUGUUGGUGAUAAAAGAGCCUUUUUCGAAUCCAAAUUCUCAUUUUGAUGUUUGGUGCUUACUAGUUUGUGAAAGGCUGAAAGCCUUAGGGGUUGGAAGAUGAGUGGUUUGGGAAGAACACAUGUUUCAAAUUGGGACUCUAAGGAAGACUCACACCAUCAUCAUUCUAGCUUAACUGCAAGCUCAGGUGCUUAUUACCGCGACAAAGAGUCUGAGCCUGUCCGCUUCAAUUCAGAGAGUAAUGGUUCUAGGAGGUCUGGUGCUGAGACCAACCAGCAUCCGGGCGAAGCUAGGAGUAGAAGCAUAGUUUCACAGAGCAAUGAUAAUAGCUAUGAUUCUGAACGAGAUGAUACUAGGCAACAAAUUUUCCCUAGGAAUGGAAGUAGAAGUAAUAGCAUGAGUAGAAGCCGUAGCAGAAGCCCAGUCUACAGAGGUAAACACAAGACCAGAACUCUAGUUUCUCCUACACCAAUAAGGGAAUUCAAUAAGAGGGGCAGUGGUCAUCACUUUGAUCAAAGCAACGAUCAUGGUUUGGAGGAUGAUACUAGAAAGCCAAGAAAGACGAAAUAUCACACCGAUGAUUUCAGAGGAGAGGCGAUGAUGACAGGUGCGAGGUUUUCUGUCUAUAAUACCAAGUUUCCCGAGGAUAAUUCGAGAAGGGAGCAUCUACAUGAUAAUGGGUUCUCAGACCCAAGAUUGAGAAGGCACAGAAGCGAAUUUACCGGAGUGAAAGACACUCAAAGGAGGAAUGGUGAUGGUGAAGGACAAUUCCACAGGACUUCCAAUAUCCCGUGCAAGUUUUUGGCUGCAGGAUUCUGUCGUAAUGGAAACUAUUGCAGGUUUUCUCAUCAUGGUGCUGGUAGAAAGCAGCCUCAAGAUAAACAUUUCUAUAGACAGGACAGUAACAAUCAUAAUAAAUGGAAUGAUGUUGAAAGAUUGGAUAAUGGAAGAUUAGGUGGGAUAGAAGUAUCUCGUGCCAGUAAGGGAGUUUCUGAACCUAACAGGAACAGUAGUAGCUGGAUUGAUGACAUGGAGAUGUCUCCUGAUUGGAAUUAUGGAGUUCAAUCUUUAAAGAACCCUGUGAAGGAAGAGCAUAGUGUUGGCAUUAUUGGUCAGAGUUCACAGUCUCAAGUUCUUAAAGGUGGUUUGGUGAGUCAUAAUGAGCAGAGUAGUGGUAUGUUUUCACAUGGUGGCAAAACUAUGGUUGAGAAACCUAUAGCUGCUUCACAUCAGAGUUAUAGUCACCCAGUGAACGUCACUCCAGUUCAAGCUUUCAGUCAGAACCAUAAUGUAUUGCCGUACCAAAGCUCACUAACUGCUGGAGGGAGUCAACAAGUGCUAGCUACUGCUGCUGCAGAUCUCUCAGUAGGCUCGAACUUGAGCAAUGUUGAGAGUGGAAAAGUAUAUCAAAACAAUCAUCAAUCAACGGUGGAGAGACCUGUUUUGGUCCAAAAUACCGUGAGUAAGGAACAACUUGAUAAGAUCACCAGCAUUUCAGCAACUAUAGCGCAGUUUCUUGCAAAUGGGGAGCCCAUUCCAGAGCUUGUGAAGGCAUUGCAGAUGCCUCUGCAUUCAGAAUCUUCCAUGGAUAUUCAACCAAAUCAGGCUACUACUACGGUGCAUAGUCAAAGUAAUGUAAUGAGUAGUAAUCCGAAUCAGCUAUGUGGACUAGGGAUGAACAUUGGCGCUGGAGGAGUCCCAGUGGUUACUGCAUCGCAGGUAAACAAUGUCAGUGGGAUUCAGGAUCUUACGCUAAAUCCCAAGGGUUGUGAGGAAAACCGAAACAAAAAGACUCAUGAAUCUAGCAAAGAAGAAGAGGGUAAGAAAACUGGAGAAGACACCAAUGAUGCUGAGAAUAUUGUAGAUGAAGAUGAAGAUGAUGUAGGAAGUGACAAAGAAAACAAGAAAGGGAUAGAUCCGAAAGAAAUGCGAGCGUUUAAGUUUGCGCUUGUUGAGGUUGUAAAGGAGCUUCUAAAUCCAACCUGGAAAGAAGGUAAGAUGGACAAAGAUGGUUACAAAAACAUAGUGAAGAAGGUAGUUGAGAAAGUGACUGUUACAAUGCAAAGUGGAAGCGUUCCUCAAACACAGGAAAAUAUUGACCAUUAUCUAUCUGCUUCAAAACCAAAACUUACCAAGCUCGUGCAGGCAUAUAUCAGCAAAAUCAAGAAGACCUAAAAACUGAAUAGGAUUCCCAUAUUAUCUUAAUACAGUUCCAUUCUUUCCACCAUUGGAUAAUGUUGUCAACUUUAUUCUUACCUGCUUAAUCUUUAGAGGAAGAUGAAAAGAUCUGGUGAGGCUUUGUUGUCCCCAUUAAUGUCAGUGGUGUACAUACCUAGAGAUUUUGUCCCAAAUUUUUCAUUUUUUUACUACAGCCUGAUAGACCAAUUUUAGAACCUUCA